CGUCCUGUCAAGCCGUAUCGUGGGGUGUGUGGGUGGUUCGCGAAAGCGUGACCCCCGUGUCUCCUUUUCAAUCUCAAAGAAAGAAAGAAAGCUCAAAAGCAUCAUUUUCAUUACUGCUAAUCUACUUUCGCAAGAGGGGAAGAGCCAUCCUCGCACACGCACUUUGCAUAUAUACGAUUUAGACGUUGCCUCUGCUACGCACGCGUCGGCUCUGCUAGUACUCCUACCGGCAUAUCGCACGAGGCGCUAUUGUCACAAGCCAAAACGACCCGCCGUCGUUCGCAUCAUCCAUCACCGCCUCGCGACAGCGCAACGCGCACCACGUCGACAGUUCACGCUGUAACACACAGCAGACACCGCCCGUAAUCAUGACGAUUGCGACUGAACUGACCCGGCGGCUGGGCAUCCGAGUGCCCGUCGUCCAGGGCGGCAUGAUGCACGUCGGCACCGCGGACCUCGCGUCGGCCGUGUCCAACGCCGGCGGGCUGGGCAUCAUCACGGCGCUCAUCUUCCCCACGCCGGCGGCGCUGCGCGACGAGAUCCGACGGUGCCGGACCCUGACGCCCAACCCCUUCGCCGUCAACAUCACGCUGCUGCCGGCCAUGGUGCCGCCCGACUACGGCGCCUACGCGCAGGCCGUCAUCGACGAGGGCGUGCGCGUCGUGGAGACGGCCGGCAACUCGCCCGGCCCCGUCAUCGCCCAGCUCAAGAAGGCGGGCAUCACCGUCCUGCACAAGUGCACCACCAUCCGCCACGCCGAGAGCGCCGUCAAGCUCGGCGUCGACUUCCUCAGCAUCGACGGCUUCGAGUGCGCGGGCCACGUCGGCGAGAGCGACAUCACAAACUUCAUCCUCCUCAGCCGCGCCCGCCAGCAGCUCAAGGUGCCCUUCAUCGCCUCGGGCGGCUUCGCCGACGGCUGGGGGCUCGCCGCCGCCCUCGUCCUCGGCGCCUGCGGCAUCAACAUGGGCACCCGCUUCAUGUGCACCGUCGAGGCCCCCGUCCACCAGCGCAUCAAGGAGGAGAUUGUCCGCGCCCAGGAGACGGACACGACCCUCCUGCUGCGCCGCUGGCGCAACACCAGCCGCCUCUACAAGAACAAGGUCGCCCUCGAGGCCCUCAGGAUUGAGCGCGAGAGCACCACGGGCGAGUUCAACGAGGUCGCGCCCCUCGUCAGCGGCAAGCGAGGCAAGGAGGUCUUUGUCAACGGCGACCCCGAGCAUGGUGUGUGGACCACGGGCCAGGUCAUCGGCCUCAUCCACGACAUCCCGACGUGCGACGUCCUGGUUAACCGCAUUGAGCGCGAGGCCGAGAGCGCGAUCAAGGAGCGCCUUUCACUUAUCAAGCCUGACUCCAAGCUUUAGACUACUCCCAUUUUACAGAGCCAUGUAUGCGUGUAUAAAUUCUACAAUAAAGUCUAUAGAUUGACGGU